GGGGGUAAGGAUCCCACUGAUCUGUCAUACUGGAACGAGUUUGUACACAGAUUUUUCUCGCCUCGGGCCGUGUUUAGGUUUGUCGUGCACGAAUACGGUGACGACGGAGUGGCUGCAGACAAGCCCUACGAGCUUGGCUUCCCCAUACUUGCCAGGUACUUCAACUCGUAUUUCCAGGGUGGGGCUACAAAUAUUCAACUGGUGCUGGACAAGGGGACAACGGAUAAGCCCCUGACGGGCGACUCUCACUUUAUUGAGAACACCAAAGCCAGCAUGCACUUUUGGUAUCCCGGCAACCUCAUGGUGAUGGCUAGCGGUACACUGCGUGCGCACUUUGACGGGGAGCAGAAGAUUGAGCUCCUCGAGUUCCAGCAAAACCACUACGAGGAGUUCCUUCCCAGGAGUUUGGUGCUUCAGGGUGCCAAACCGACUCAUACCUGGAUCAAGGACUGGAAGCAGGCCAAUAACGACGCAAAAGCAUCACCAGAAAUGAGCAAAAAGUCGAAGCAGCGGCAGUUCAAGUCGCCACAAAGCGUACCGCCGGACUUGGAGCUCCCUGAUGCACUAGUUAACAAGAACGGACUUUCAGCGGCUGUUCAAAACUUCCUCGAGAUAUCAGAAAUAUUGUCGCACAUGAACCCCCUUUUCUCCCACGCACAUAUGCACCCUAACCUUGGCCCAUACGCAGCCCUCAACUCGUAUAUUCAGAUGGUCAGCGGGCAGGGCGACAAUGCGGGCGUCAUGAACGGUCAGCCAAUGCCCCAGGGCGCAGGCGGCCAACCCCGUACGCCAAGUUAUGGCCAAUUCCCUAUGGGUGCCAGCCCGCAUGCUGCCAACCUCCAGCUACCCGGUUCUCCUCAUAUUGGUAGCCCUGCGAUGGCACAACAGAUGGUGCCGCAGCAGAGCCAACAGGGCACGAGCUCCAGUGGCCCUUCGGCUAACACGUCGCCUGCGGGCACAAAGAGGCGGCGGCCGUCCGGCGUGAAGACUGAAGACGACGGCACCCCAGUUUCAGCACCAACUCCUGGAUCCGGACCUCUUGUGAAUGGAAUCCAGGCUGGUAAGGGUAAACCACCCACGCCCAGGAUGCAGAAAAGGCUGAAGACCGGGCCCCAAGCUCAGUCAUGA